AUGGCACCUCCAGAUCUCAUACAGCAAGCCAUCUCGACCACCAUGGCCAACGGAAUCGACAGGCUCGAACGCCUGUUUUCCAAAAAGAAGCAUGCUGCAGCAUCCCGUGAGCGGCAGCAGCAGCAGGCAGCCGACUAUGCACCACCAUCCACCUCCUACUCAUCUCGCUUCGCGCUCCGCAAAAAAUCCGCUGCUGCCACGUCCCCUUCCUGGCCUACCCGCCACUCGCCUCUGAACGACAUGCACUUCCCGCAGCCGUCCUUUAUCCGCCCAAAGGCCGCAAGAAUGGUUCCCCGCGACGACCACGCUCCCACCUCGCUCUCGCGUCCUGGCACGGCCAAUCGCAGCAUGAGCGUGCCGGACGGCCAGCCCGCUCUGCCGGCCCUGUCUCUCUCUGGGUCUACAACAGCAACAUCGUCCACAUCAACGCGAGUCGUUGCACCGCCGCGGAGUGCUGGUGGUCCCACAGCACGUAGCCCGCAUGGGCCCCCGGUUGCCUACACGACGCAGGCGAGGUCCAUGUCCGUCACGUCGCCGCACCGUCGCACGUUUGACAGCCGGCGCAGCAGCAGCUCUAUGAACUACAACUACAGCAGCACAACCACCACCCUCAGCAGCAGCGGCAGCAGCACCAUGAGCAGCAGUACGCACACCAGCUGUACCAGCAGCACUUGUCAUCCCAAUCGCCGCUCUUCCUUUGUCGAGACCAACUGUGAGCUCAGCGACGCUGCUGCCCGUGCCGUUCCCAACAACGGCCGUGUUCUGGCGGGUGUCAACGUCCAGCGCCUGCCCAAGCGGUCGUCUUCGCUACUGCAGCGCCGCGACGUCUUUGUCUCGCCCCUCGCCAACCUGGACACCUACCAGAUCUCGAACCAGGGCCGCUGUGACUCUGUCGCCAUCACCACCAGCUCCGGCGAGGUCAGCCCGGCUACCGUCCAAGCCACGCCCUUUAUCCCGUCGUCGUCCCCUGACUCGCCCGGCCUGGCCCAGGAGGAGCAGGGACCACACGCCUCCUCUGAAAGAUCUGCAGCAGCCACUGUUUUCUCUGUUGCCCAGCAGCAGCAGCAGCAGCAGCAGCAGCAGCGCCAGCAAGACGAUCGUACCGACUCGCCGCUGCCGUUGUCUGCCUACGAGGAGGAGCUUAUUAAACCCGAGGACGUGCCGUUGCCACCCUCUCCCAAGCCAUCUGAGCUGCCCAUCUUCACCGAGACGCCGCUGCUCCGCCGCGACUCGGUCUUUUCAUCCAUCGUCCUACCUCAGCAGAACGCCGGCCCGACAACAGCAACAACAGCAUCCUCUGCGUCUGCGGUCUCGGCUCGUCACCGGUCCCGCCUCGCUCGCCGCCCCAUGUCACUCCGCUACCAACGCCACCUGCCCAUUGAGCCGAAGCCGUCGUCGCCGAACUCUGUGCUCAUGGAGCCCGACUUGGGUGACUUUUUGACCCUCAGCGACGACGAUAUCGCGGAGGACGUGGCUGCUGCUGCUGCUGCUGCCGCCGCCGCCGCCGCUGCCGCCGCCGCCGCGACUGCUGAGGACAAGGAGAUUGCUCGAGAGACCAGCACGCCCCGUGCCUCGGUCAUCACCGCUGUCCCUGCUGCCACCGAGAACGUCUCCUCUACCGGUGCGCGGCCAGAGACGCCACGGCAGGCCAAGAGCAGCCUGGCUCUCCAGAAGCCGCUGCCGCCUGCGCCGGCCGACAACACCACUCCCACUGCCACGUCGUCGCCGCCUGUGUCGCCGACGUCCCUGACCCGCAGACGCGCUCUAGCCGCCGCCGCUCCUUCUCUCCCGCCUGCCUUCCAGGCACCGCCUCCUGCUUUCCUGUCACUGCUGCCUGGCAUGCCACUGCUGCCCUCGCCCAUGGCGGUCACACCCACCUCGGUGACUGCCAACGCUCGUCCCCGGACGCCGGCUGGUGAGGCCCGCAUGGCGGCUGCCUUUGAGAUUGCGCGCAUUGCCUCCCAGUACAAGUUUGACCUGGCAUACAUUGCCACCAUCUGGCCCAAGAACAUGGCUGUGUCCGCGGCAACCGCCCAGCCGCAACCGCAGUCCAUUGGCUGGCCCUCGUCGCCAUCCUCGCCGUCCUCGCCGUCGGCUGCGGCGAAGCUCAUGCCCCGCACCAAUAGCCAGACCAGCAGCCGCCCGCCGCUGAGCGGCCGCGGCGCCAACCGCGCCGGCCAUGUGAGCCAAGGCAGCCAGUCCAGCACCCACAGCAACAGCAGCAGCGGCAGCAUCAAGCAGAACGGUGUCUUCUCGCCCGUCGGUAUGCGCCAGUCCAAGCUUGAGGCCCAGUUCCUCGCUGCCUACGGCCUGGCCACCGUCCGCGCGCCUUACAGCCUGUCGGCGCCAACGCACGCCAAGAUUCUGAAUUCAGAGCGCUGGCUUGAGUUCAGCGAGCCCGACGCCCAGCCCGAGGAGUUCUCGCGCGGCUAUGGCUGUGCCUUUUACCGCGGUCGCGCCGCUGUGAACCCUACCGCCUCUGCCACGCCGGUGACGCAGCAGCGCUACCAGCGCCGCCCGUCGACGGACGACUGCGACGCCGACACGGAGCAGGACGCCCGCGCUGCGGUGCACCGCCCCCGCCGCAAGGUGUCCACGUCGUCCUCUUCUUCUUCGUCGUCGUCUUCGUCCUCUACAGCCAACAACCGCGGCAUCGUCUUUGUCGCCUACCGCCGCAAGGAGCUCGUCGACGAGCGUGCCCGCCGCCAGGACAAGGACGACCUCGAGACCCUGUACCGCGACGUCGAGGCUCUCGUCGACAAGAUCCUGGAUGUGCACAUGCAGCAGCAGCGCCAGGCGCAGCUCGAGACGGCACAGCCGCAGACGACGGCCCAGCGUGCACUGCUUCCCGAUGUGGUGGACGCGCUGGCAGCGGGCUUCCCCGGCGCCGGCGCCGCCUGCACCCUGCGCCAGUCGCGUUUCCUCGGUGUGAAAGCGGCCUAG